AUAGAGUGUAUGCUGCCCGUAGUACGCAUGACUAAAUAUGCGCGUGCAAUUUCAGAAAUGCUAACGUGAUAGGAACUGCCGUUCGCAAAUGCACUUCCCGCCCCUUAUUUGAUAAUAGCGGGGACGGUUUGAGUGUUGAAUUGGCUACCAUUACUUUUUUUCAUCUUGCUCUCAUUUGUGACCAAACAUGGACAGUGGACACCGGUAGCACGAAGAUGUGUUUUUAACCGUGAUCCAGUCGGUCCUUUGCCUUGUAGUUUUUUCAGGGCUUAAUUAAUUACGUUACCUUGAAAUGUUUUAUUGAAUACCUGAUUUGGAUUUGACGUGACUUGACCAGUGGUACAGCAUGAAAAACAAUUUCAUAACUUUCCUGCCUUUAAAGCUAUGUCCUCUCUAGUCGGUUUGCAUUGUUUUGAAACAGGGAUAAAUGUAACAACGUAGGCUAUGUGUUGUAAAUAUUCACGUGAACUGUCUAUCAUUAUAGGUAGAGACCUUACAUAAGCCCUUUAGAGUUUCUUGUCACUACCUGCACGAUUUUAUGCUUACUAGUUUCUUUCGCUUUGUGGAUUUUAAAUUUGUGCAAAUAAAUAAAGAACUAAAGAACUACCCAAGCCGGAAUAUAGGACAUGUGCACACUAUGGUGACCUCAACCAGGGGGUUUUGGAUGGUAUGUAGGGAUGUGUACCGUUUUUAAAUACUGUUUUAAGCUGGGUAUCCUGGCUAAUACAGAAUAUCUGGACACUUUACUUUGCAAUUUGUCUGCUACCUUGACUGGUGUUCAUGGACUGCAACCAGAAACAGCGAAUCGCAUAUUAAAGUAAUGGUGUCUGUACAUGGCCUGCCUUUCAGGCACUGUAUCAACAGCACUGUGCAACCAGACAUUCAGUCCAAUGUUGUUUCAGCUUAAAAAAACAACAGUGAUGCAAUGCUUUGCGUAUCCUCAACAGACCAACAGCUCUUUGUGAAAUUUUACAACGCUUACUGAUCUUCAACUUUGUUGAGUUGCACAAAAUGGUUUCCUUGUUAGUUUGGAAAGCAAAACACCAGCAGAGGGCAAAACGACCAAACGGACGGCGGCGAAGAUGGAGCUUGGGGGGGCGAGCGGGAGAACGAGGACCCCCGGUCCCGUUCCUUCGGUGACCCCGCGGAGACCGCGGACCAGAAUAGCACCGCCCGCCCUGACCCGGAGCCCGAGCCCGAACCCGACCCCAAGACCCCGUCCGGGAUGGGUCCGUGCUUCGGCCUGGUGGAGGAGCACGAGGCCGUCGGGAGGGACCUGCUGAAUGCGGUGCUCGAGGGCUGGGGAAGGGAAAGGGAGCCGGAGCAGGAGGAUCUGACCCGCUUCGGACUUUGUUCCGAUCCGGAUGGGAACUCGACCGGCCUGGACGCAGUGCUGUCUGCCCUAGCAAAGGGUGUGGAGAAAGACAGGGGCGGACUGCACGUUUUACACCCCACUAAAGAGCUCUGGGGGGAAGACGGGGAGCACCAGAGGAGGGAGCUGACCCUCCGCUUCCUCCUGCCCCCCCCACCGCACCGCUCCCGCCUCGGCGGCCUGGCCCCCGUCCUGAUCUUUGCCCUGGGGGGCACCGCCAGCACGGGUGGGAUGAGGGUGUCCUUCGGCAGCCCGUCCCUCCUCCCGCACCGACAGACAGUUUGCGUUUCAGCUGGGACCCGAUACGCAGUCCUGACCAGGAGACAAACGAAGGACCACGGUCACGGUCACGGUCAAGGUCAAGGUCAAGGUCACGUGGUGCUGCGAAUUACGGUGGAGGCGAACCGGGCAGAGGAAGGGGAGAAGAGGAGCCUGCAGGACCUGCUGACAGGGGAGGGAGUCGGGCGUACUGGCACCCAGGGUCCUCUGCUGUUGUUCCAGAGCAGAAUACUGGACAGCGCAGACUCUCCUAGCAACGGAUUGGCACCAGAGGUGAGUCCAUCCCCAGGCCCUCUGGCACCCUCCCGGACUUUCCACUUCCUGUGCGUCCUGCAGAAAUUCCUGAGCGAGGCCCUCUCCCCGGAGAAGGCGGGGUCUGUUCCGGCUCAGGCUGCCUCCGUCUCCCUGGACUCCCUGCAGUCCCUGCCUCCCCUGACCCUGGGAGCCUCCUCCAGCGAGUCGCUCCUCCUGGGGCUCCUCAACUCCUCGGCCCCGACCUUGUUCUCCUUCCCCCGCCGGGCCGGCGAGCUGCUGGAGCACCGGGUGGAGCUGGAUCUGCAGCCCCCCCUGGUGGCCGUGUUGAGACUGCGGCUGGAGGAGGCCGCGGCCCGGGCGGCUCGGGAGGCGACGGGAGGGUGUGGCCUCGGCGACCGGCUGCAGCGGCUGCGGGAGCUCGGCUCGCUGCCCGGGGAGGGUGCAGCGCCCCCAGCAGAUAAGGGGAGCGACAGAGAGGCACAGUACCGCGCCCUGCUCCUGUUCAAGGCCCUGCAGACGGUGCUGGGGGCCUGGGAGGAGGAGCGCAGCCUCCGGUCCGCCCGGGGGGGUCAGGAGGGCUCCGGAAAGGGGGGAGGGUGCCGGCUGCAGCCCCUGUCCGUGUCGCUGAAGAGCUACGUGCUGGAGCCCGCCACGGCCGCCAUCAACAACUGCGAGGGCCCGUGCGGCUUCCCGCUGGCGGAGGCCAACAACCACGCCAUCCUGCUGCACAGCCACGAGCAGAGCGGGCAGCCGCUGGGCCGCUCGCCCUGCUGCGUGCCCCUGCGCUACGCCGACCUGCAGGUGGUGGAGCUCAAGGGGGCGGGCACCGAGAUCACCAUCAAGCCCAACAUGGUCGCCACGCGCUGCGGCUGCCGCUGAAGGAGGGGGAGGAGGGAGGGGGGGAGGGGGAGGGGGGUCGGGGGCGCGGGAACGCUGAGGUUCCGCAGGACCCCGCCCCUGACCCGGCCCCCGUUCCCGCUCGCGCCCGUCUGCGUUUCCGAACGCGGCUACGCAAAAAAAAACGACCAGACUGGUGGUCCUCACUUUGUACAUUGGUUUUUCUUUUCUUUUUUUUUCUUCUUUUUAAAAAAAAAAAAAAAAUGGAAAUGCACGCUGUGUUUUGCCAUUCCACUGCUCGUGUUUCUGUUCACUGUGCACGCCCACAUAACAUAUGAAGUUUUGCGUGUGUGUGUGUGUGUGGUUGUUCAAAGUUCUUGUGUGAACACACUUCGGUGAUAAGUGAAUAAAAAGAACACUAUUGCACAAAAA